GGCACUUUGACAACUCUCAAGACACGCAACGCUCUCGACACAGCAACCAACCACAUCUACGAAGAAUCUCCAGAAUGGCUAAUUGUGAGCAAAAGAAGCUGAGGAUUGUCCUCAUUGAAAAGACUGAAACCGACCUUUCGAAAAAGAUUAAAGGCAUCCUGGAAGAAUCCUUCAACUUGGUGACGACUCUGACCGGAGAUAAUGAAAGUGUAAUCGACGAGGGAGAAGAACACAAUAUAUUCAAAGAUUUUGAUCCAUCCAUCUUUUCUCCAGGUCCCCAUGUGUUUUUGCUCAUAUACAUGGGGGAUUUAUCUCCUUCAUCAGGUGAUGCGAAAAGAAUCCAACGCAUUAAAGAAUUCUUUGGUGAAGCAUCAAAGCCUUACUUUUUACCUUUGAUCAUCCACAAAAAUACAACAUUGGACACGGGGAAAAAAAAAGACAUAUUAUAUUCUAUUGAGAAAGAUUUAGAACUUAGCAGGAAGACAUACUGUGCACUUUGCUGCGAAGGUGGGAAGGUCAAUGAAAACGAAAUAAAAAACCUAGUUGUCAAGAUCAAUGAGGUGGUCAACAAGAACAAGAACAAAGAAACAUACACAAAGGAAAUGUUUGAUGAGGCACAAAAAGUCAUCAGGCUUAAAAAUGUGCAAGAAUCAAACAGCAAGGGAAAGACAGGUGAUGGAAACCAAGGUCAUAACAAGAAUGCAACAGACAAAGAUGCAAUUCGUGCAAUGCUCUCAGGUGGAUUUGCCAAAAGAACAGUGAAGGCACAGAACUCUUAAAGUAUGAAAGUUCAUGUUAACAUGACUGAUUUACUCAAAUGAAAUAAGUCAGACAGACAAAGAAGAGAGAAAUAUUUGAUGCCUUUAAUCCGAGUUAUUAAUCUGACAGACUUGGUUCCUCUGCAGAUUGAGAUCAAAACAACAAAUUAUAAACAAAGUACUUUAUAAUUAACAUAACCUGCAUUAAAGGAGAAGAGACAUUUACAUUAAAUUUAAUGAACUCCAAUUUUCCAGCUGCAAUAUUAUAUUCUGAAUGAUUUUAAUGCAAAUACUUCUACGGUGUUUUUUUCUUUGCUUUUUUUGCUUUAUUAAUAGCAAAGAUUUAUGAGACAGGUGUGACCUUUGUUGUGCGUUCAGUGUAAAUGCAGCGCUGUGAUACCACCUCAGCUCAGCUGCUGCAGUUAGAGGGAAACCUGACAACUGAUGUUUUCUGGAGAACCUGCAGCACAGUCUGUAGUUUCCUGUCAAAGCUGUUAAAAGUUCUUUUCAUUUGUGUUCUGAAAUGUGUUAAAGCCUGAUGGAUUUUGUGCUUCCACUCAGUGGACUUGUUUAAAAGAACGAUUGUUAAAUUUCACUCACAGCUCUUCUUCCUUUCUUUGUUGUGCUUUUCUUUAUUUUAUCAUGUCAUGCAGUUAAAAUGCUGAUCAGUGUGUGAAAAUAUAUUGCUCCAAUCGAUUUUGAACAACAGAAUCAGAUCAAUCAAUAAAUAAUGA